AUGAAAAUAGGAAUAAAUGGAGCAGGAAGAAUAGGAAAAAUGGUCAUUAGGAUAGCUCUGCAGCGGGGAAUAGAAAUUGGGUGCAUUAAUGACCCGUUCAUUGAUGCAAAGUAUCUGGCGUAUCUUAUCCGCAGGGACUCCACCCAUGGGACCUUGAAGGAGUUCUCUGUGGAGCACACAGAUUGCUCUCUUCUCAUUCGAAAGGAGGGAAUGCCUGACAUGGAAAUAAAAGUGACAAAUAAGAGAGAUCCGUCUGAAAUUGAGUGGGGAAACUACGGUGUUGAGUACGUGGUUGAGUCUUCUGGGGUAUUCAAAACCGUGGAGGACUGCCAGAAGCACCUGCACUCAGGAGUAAAAAGUGUAAUCAUCACAGCCCCAAGCCCAGAUGCACCGAUGUUUGCUAUAGGGAUAAAUGAAAAAGAAUACAAAGGAGAGAGCGUAAUUAGCAAUGCCAGCUGCACGACAAACUGUCUUGCUCCAAUUGCAAAGGUGAUUGAGGAGUGCUUUGGCAUAGAGGAGGGGCUUAUGUCCACAGUGCAUGCCCUGACAGCAACUCAGCGAAUAGUGGACGGCAUGUCCAUGAAGGAGUACCGAGAUGGAAGAGGCGCGCUGCAAAACAUCAUUCCUGCAGCAACCGGAGCUGCAAAGGCGAUUGGGCAGGUCAUUCCAUCCCUCAAGGGGAAGCUGACCGGAAUGUCUUUCAGAGUGCCAGUGGCCAAUGUGAGCGUGGUUGAUCUGACUGCACGUCUGAAGACAAGUGCUACACCUGAGCAGAUAAAACAGGCACUAAAGCAGGCAAGUGAGACUAGUCUAAAGGGCAUUCUCAGCUACACAGAUGAUGCUGUUGUAAGCAGUGACUUUAUCGGUGACAGUGCAAGUAGCAUCUUUGAUGCCUCUGCGUCAAUCUUUUUGUCUGACAAGUUUGUCAAGCUGAUUGCGUGGUAUGACAAUGAGUGCGGGUACUCCCAUCGAGUGGUUGAUCUUCUCAUCCACAUAAGCAAGUUCCAAAAAUAA